CUCAGGCUCCAGCCUUGAAGUUGAGGCUUGAGCUUGAACUUAAAGCCUUCAGGAGCUCACUUGUGAUCUGUAUCCACCAUCCACAAGGUUCUACAGAUCACGCACUGCCUUCCCUGUGUUGGUCAGGGAGCACUGCAAGGGGUAUUGCCGGCCAGUUCUCUCUUGUCAACGUCAGAAAGUUCAAAGUGGCCAAGUGCCUGACCAACUUGUGCGGUUGGUCGAAGGUACAGACCAGAUCGUCAAGCGAAGUCACCGGUGCCAAGGAAAAGUAUAUAAGUCACGAGGGACAACAAGCAGUAGGCGCUGUGAACACACAGGGAACACGAACGAGGCAAGUCAGAAUCAUUUGGAGACUCUCGUUACUGCUUCUAGAUAAAAAGGCAUAGUUUACGCUGAAGCUCAUGCCGACCCUUGUUCUUGGGGCCGCCAAGGCCGAUCUUAGAUUACCGGAAGGCCAAAAGGGGGCGAGUCAAAAGCCACCAGACACAGAUCUUGUUGGCCUGAUAUGUGUAAUCUUUAGCGCCCUAAGCUCAUGGGACUGGAAAACAAUAGGGGAUGCAAUGUGCGAGGACAUUGAGUGGAACUACGCGGCGAGUGGAGUGAACGCAGGGGAGGCGCCCCUGUUUGGGACUAAGCAAGGGAGAAAGGCCACGCUGAAGCACCUGCAACGCAUCCAAAAGCUGUUGGACGUCAAGGAGGCGAAGAUGGACUGGGACCAUGUGAGUGUGUACGGGCAUAGGGUAUCCUGCCAAGGCUUCGAGAAAGCUUUGGUGCGCGCGACUGGCAAGACGUACGAAACAGAUCUCGGGUACAUCUUUUUCUUCGAGGAGAACAAGAUGAGCAAAGUGUACAUAUAUGCAAAGGAUGCGAAGGGGAUCAACGAGGCGUUUACAAAAGCCGCAAGUGGUUGGUCCGGCGUUUGAUUCAUUGCUAAAAAAAAGCAGUUUUAAAAAGAAGAACAAAGAUUAUGUGCCAUAGAGGGUGCUGAGCGACUCCUCCUGGCUUGUCCGGAUAAGCCGGGAUGGCAAUUUCGUCGCGGAAACAGCAUGCAGAUUCUUUUGUGCAAUAAUCCUCCACAAUUGCAGCCGCUUAGGAAUAGACACGGGGGUAAUGAUUGAGUCAGGUUAGAGAGAACAGCGCAGUAGCAGGCAAGCAGGACGGUGUCAGUUCGAGUACAGGGAGGCUGGUUGUCGGACACUGAGAAGGACGGUUUCGAAUCGUAGUUACAGAAUCUGUUCAACUGGCGCAGCGGGUAUUUGUACGGUCAGAGCAAAUGCAAGAAGUUACAUUGCUUCGUGGUUCAGAGUUGCAUUACUUGAAAUUUUGGGUUCGAU